AUGAUCAUUUACUUCUUGGAUUCCAUUGAUAUACAGAACAAAGAUCCUAAUCUUCUUAGGUCAAAGUAUUACCCUAUAUACAAUUUCGACUUUAAGGUCUCCAACAACAAGCCUUGUUGCUUUAGGAACACUUCGGUACGCUCUUUCCAUACAUUAUCUUCCUUGUUGACAAAAGAUGAAGUAACAACAAAAAGCCUUUCUUCUUACGGAUCGGGAGGUAAAGGAAGUGAUGAUAAGCAACGUUCUCGAUUAGAAGCACAACAGGCUGUAAUUGGACUAAGAUUUCAUGAAGCCAUCGUCAAUUAUGUUGUUCAUCAUCAACUUCCAUUUUUAGGUUCUGAGUUUGAGGUGCGCAAUGAAGAGGUUGCUGAUAUUUUACUCUCUUCUGGAGUAGCUGGACCAGAAAGGACCUAUGUUCAAAAUGGUCAGACUGUUUUUGUGUUUUCUGCAAAGGAUUUCAUUGGCUAUGAAGUUGGAAAACGAAUUCUAGAGGAGAGAUUCGGUACCGAAGAAUUGAUGAAAAAGAUUAUUCAAGAAAAGAUCUACUUGAUCCUGAAAUCUUUUGACUACGACAUUGAUUUGAAAUCGAUUGUUAUGCUUAGACUCGUACAGUUAGACGGUACACGUUUGUCUACAAUUGGUUGUUUCAAGCCACUAAUCACCAACAAUCCAAACCUAAAAGAUCAUAUAUUCAAGUGCAAACAUUGUUUGGAUCCAAACGGUUAUGUAGAGUACUGCAUUUCGAAAGGUGUUAUAAAACCAAAGAAAGGUUUAAAUGGAGAACAGUUGUUCUGGACACACUUUGCCGAAAAGAAGUGGGAUUUACUUGAUGGAGUUUUUAUGAUUCCAUCUGAUGCACACCAUAACGACGUGUUUGGUAUUAACAGAGUUGAAGGAUCAACAGAUAUGAUCAUUCCAAUGGGUUUACAGUGUAAAGCGCAAGCUGGAACUAAAUUUGACCCACAUUCAUAUUUUAGCUCCACUAUCCCUGAACUAUUUUAUCUCGAUAAUUAUGCACAACUGAAAUCUGAGACCCUUUACAAUUUAAAUAGUUACCAUAUUGAAGAAACCAAGAUUAACAAUGAAAAUCGUUUCGUGGUGAAGGAUAAUUCAAAAAACAUAAUAGAUGAUGCGAAUGGCAAAAGCAUGAAAGUUAAUUCAAGUGCAAAAUGGUAUAAUGACAUCAGAAAUGAUGUUUUAGAAGUAUUUAAAUCAUCAAAGAUGAUGCAGGUGUGUGUUGCACUUCACACACCUGAAACAUUUCCAAAAGAGGUUGUAGAAAAAUACCAGAAAAACUAUUUGUGCUCCUUUAUCGACAGGAACAACUAUAACUUACUCUUCGAUAAUGAAUGGGAGAUAUAUUUAAAUGUUAAGAACUUUUUCAUCGCAACCAAACCAAAAAUCAUAUCACAGUAA